AUCUUUGAAUUGAAGUUGGGCAGAAACUGCUUCUCCGAUAGAAAUCCCGCUUCAGGCGAUGUCGGUGGCGACGCUGGCGAGCUAAAGAAAUGCGUUGAAACACCGCAUCGGGUUAACGGACGUCUCGCGCCAAACUGCGCACGGGCAAGCCUUCAAAUCAAAGGCACUCCUUAUUAACUAUAAAGUAAUUUGUGACGAAAAUGAACACGUGUCAGUUUCGCACUUUCACGAUGUUGGAAUAAUAACGUGUUGAACUACUUAAAACAUUAUUAGAAUCCAGGUUGUGCCGUUAGAUUUUGAGAAAAGUAAAAACGAAGGAAUACUUUUUGACGUGUCAUUGAAGUCUCAAAUCCGGCCUGGUCUGUUUGGUAAGCGUUUCCGGAAAUCUCGCGAUGUUGCGCCUCGGUUUAGAAACUCUGUCAUAGAGAGUGACUUAAGCUAGUUGGCCGACUAGCAUGUUAGUAAAGAAAGUACUUCGCUGCAAAUGUUUAAAAAAGAUAUUGGCCUAUAUAGUCCUGUGGCAUUUAACGAAGACUAAGGGUCUAUUUUUAAGUGUCGGACAGGAAACGGACGGCUGGUAACGUUACAAUACAGGUACAUUAGCAAUCGCGCUAACGCUGUCUAGCCAGCCAACUGUAACUAACUAGGUACUUGCAAGCUAGCUAACGUCAACAAUAAUAACAUGUUGUCGGAGAAAGGUUAAACUGUAGAUAUGUAACUAGUUAUGAUGCAUAUUAUUUCUUACAUUUUUGCCAUGAUGUAAAUGUUUAGGCCUUGACCAUGUAGGCACAGCUAGCCCGUAGACGUUAGUUAAAUUGAAAACGUGUUUGCAGCACUGUUGGGGCUGUUCGCGAGCCAGCUAGGCCCAAAACGUACCAGACGAGAUGAUUGAUUGUAUGAUCUAGUCAGUAGCCUAGCCUACAUAUUUGCGUCGCUUGGUCACUUAGUUUAAACAGAUGGAUGGUUAUUUUAUGCACAGCAACUAGGUGUCCUGCUGCAAUGUCAAGGCGGAGCAGAAACAGCCGGGCAUGGCGUUACGUGUGGAGUGGACUACGGCGAGAUGCUGAUUCCCGGGCGCUGGUACUGUCCUCAGAAAGUGAAGAGUGGGGCUACGAACGCUUACAGUACAGUGACUCAGACUCUGAGCCAGACUACCGUCCCGUGGUGCCACCGGUCCCCAGUGCCGUGCCCGUUACCGGAGAGUCGUACUGCACCUGCGACUCCCAGGCCGAGCCCAGCUACAACCCACAUCUCCGGGGCUUCCACCGCAUCAAAGACUGCCACUGUGGAGAGGAAGACCAGGACUUCGACUGGGUGUGGGACGAUAGUAACCGCUCCACGGCCACGUUGAUGACCUGCGACAACCGCAAAGUCAACUUCCACACGGAGUACAGCUGCGGCACAGCAGCCAUAAGAGGCUCCAAGGAGCUGGCAGAUGGACAGCACUUCUGGGAGAUCAAGAUGACAUCACCAGUGUACGGGACAGAUAUGAUGGUAGGCAUCGGAACCUGUGACGUGAAUCUGGAUAAGUACAGACAUACCUUCUGCAGCCUGUUGGGGAAAGAUGACGACAGCUGGGGUCUCUCCUACACUGGUCUGUUACAUCAUAAAGGAGACAAGGUGAACUUCUCCUCACGUUUCGGCCAGGGCUCAAUCAUUGGAGUGCACCUGGACACAUGGCAUGGAACACUCACCUUCUUUAAGAACCGCAAGUGCAUAGGGGUGGCGGCUACAGAGCUACAGAACAAGCAUUUCUACCCCAUGGCGUGUUCCACAGCAGCCAAGAGCAGCAUGAAGGUGAUCCGCUCCUGCUUCACGCCCACUUCCCUGCAGUACCUGUGCUGUGCUCGCCUCCGCAAGCUCCUCCCUGAGUGCCCAGACACCCUGAGCGUACUGCCGCUGCCCCCUGGCCUGCGCCACCUGCUGCACAAUAAGCUGGGCUGGGUCCUCCGCCUCAACAACGGCCUCCUGGGGGCUCCAGGGAGGGGGGGCUUGGGGUCUCACUUGCCCCCUACGCCCCCCUUGGCUGGGGCCUUAUCCUCUGAAAGCGAUGACUCUGAGGGGUGUUCGUCGGACCCUGAGGCAUGUCAGAGGAAGAGAUGUCGUUGGACGUGACGGGAAUCCGAUGUGACCCCCAAUGUAAACACAUGGGGUGUUUCCUAAAUUACACCCUAUUCCCUAUAAAUAGUGCACCACUGGUCAAAGACCCAUAGAACUCUGGUCAAUAGGGUGCCAUUUGGAUGCAGCCAUGGACUGGAUCCCUGCCCCCUCCCUGAGACACACUCACGUUAUAACCCCUUACACACACACACACACAUAUGUUACCAUUAAUGGUGAUCCCAGGACCUAGGGACAGUGUUGUGGGAACAUUUAAUCAAGAUCAAACGAAUGUGGCACUAAGACCUAUGGCCAAACUUCAGUGUACAUUAACAGUAUAUGCAACAACAAUGAUGACAUGAAAUCAAUGAAAAGAGACCAAGUGCAGCAUUAUGUGGAUUGUCACCAUGCUUUCUCCUUGUACAUGAGAUGCUGGUUGGAUUGCUAUAAGAGUGGCCCGUAAUAAGGCCCUAUUUUAAGUUUCUGUUUUAGCUGACCGAAGAACGAAGUUGAGUCCAGAGAGUAGUCGCAAUUUGUUGCGCUUUCACAUCUCCAUGACAACAUUUUUUUGUUACCUUUUUCCUCCCUCUUUGUUGUGCCUUUGUCUGGUCCUGGCACGAAAAUCCAAACAAUCCAUGUUACAUGUUAUUAAUGCAAGGUGUAAAUAAGACAAGACUCGCACUCACAAUUUGACAUUUUCUAAAUAGGAGAAAAGGACUGCUUUGGAGGUAGUCCUGGUCAGAUUUAUUACAUGUAAAACAUGACCUUUAACAACUAUCCUAUCUGGAAGACCGUCCCUAGAUCAAUGUUGAUGGAGUCUAUCUUACCAAUGGUUAAAGUGAUGCAAUUUGGCGAGAGCUUGCGUUUGUAUGUCAUUAGCUGUUCUCUAAUGAAAUCAUAACUUCAUUAGGCUGGCAUUAACACUGGAAUUUAAUCAAACGUUUUGAAAAAUCUAUGGGAAAAUGUCUGUUCUUGAUCUGCAAGAAUACACAGAUCAAGUAAUCUGUUAUUUUGUUGUUAAUCAGCACAUUUGUUUCGGAGCAGGAACAAUCUUUAUUAUUUUGUUUAGAUCAGCUUGACAAUAUAUUCCCCUGAAUUAUUUUUGUCAUAUCAAAACCCCCCCUAAACAUCUAGUUAAAAAAUGAAUAUGCCAGACAUGGCAUCAACAUGUAUUUUUAAUUUAUUUAUAUUCAUUUUUUAACUAGAUGUUUAGGGGGGGGUUCUGAUUUAUUUUUCACUCAAUACUGCCGUCGUAUUAAAUAUGGGUUGGAGCAGUGAUGACUGUUACACAUACACACGCCAUCUAUGUUGAACUGUGAGUUGUCACGCACCAUUCUUAUACUGACCUCCCUGUUAUGCUCUCCUUCCGCUUGAUGGUUGACUCGUUUUGUCUGUUAGUUAUUUGAUUUUGUUGUCACAUGCAUUUGGUUGGAACCCCUGUGCGUCCAAUUGUUGGGUUGCAUUUUAUGCAUCAAAGCACUUGUGUAUAUACAGUGCAUUCACAAAGUAUUCAGACCCCUUGACUUCUCCCACAUUUUAUUUCCUAGAGUUGGCCGGACGAGUCUUGGUGGUUUCAAACUUCUUACAUUUAAGAAUGAUGGCGGCCACUGUGUUCUUUAAUGCUGCAGACAUUUUUUGGUACCCUUCCCCAGAUCUGUGCCUCGACACAAUCCUGUCUCGGAACUCUACGGAAAAUUCCUUCGACCUCAUGGCUUGGUUUUUGAUAUGCGUUGUCAACUGUGAGACCUUUAAAUAUACAGGUGUGUGACUUCCAAAUCAAUUGGAUUUACCCAUUUUCGGGGCUCCCGAGUGGCGUAGCGGUCUAAGGCACUGCAUCUCAGUGAUAGUGGCGUCACUACAGACGCCCUGGUUCGAAUCCAGGCUUUAUCACAAACGGCUGUGAUUGGGAGUCCCAUAGGACGACGCACAAUUUGCCAGCAUUGUCUGGGUUUGGCUGGUGUAGGCCAUCAUUGUAAAUAAGAAUUUGUUCUUAACUGACGUGCCUAGUUAAAUAAACAUUUUAAAAAAUACCACAGGUGGACUCCAAUCAAGUUGUAGAAACAUCUCAAAGAUGAUCAAUUGAAACAGGAUGCACCUGAGCUCCAUUUUUAAGUCUCAUAGCAAAGGGUCUGAAUACUUAUGUAAAUAAGGCAUUUGUUUUUUAUUUUAAAUACAUUUUCAAAAAUGUCAAACCUUUUUUCGCUUUGUCAUUAUGGGGUAUUGUGUUUUUUAAAUCCAUUUUAGAAUAAGGCUGUCAUGUUGCAAAAUGUGGAAAAAGUGAAGGGGUCUAAAUACUUUCUGAAUUCACUGUAUAAACGGGAUAUAUAAAUGGAUCUUCUAUGUAAUGUUCAUAUUGUAUGUAUAGGCCUUUGUUCUUCUUUCUCUCUAAUGUCUAAUAAUCUAUAUCUAAAGCAUGGCCUUUAACUGAAAACUAAGAUGAAUAGGUGAAAUAUGCACAGAAAUGUUUUUCUUAUUCUAAAAAAUAUUCAAGAGGCUCAUUGUGCUUUUUGCUUUUCUUUUUCCCCCUGGUUCAAGUAAAUGUUUAAUCUUUAAUAAUCUUUAACAUUUACAUUCAGUAUUCUCUUCUCUGUUAAGAUUUAUAUUGUUAUGGCAACCUUUGUUUGCACACCAAUGUUCCUCCAGGAAAUAACGAUUAAGUAAGUAAUGUUUGUGCAUGUCUGUUGGUCUAAAGAACCUACAAUGGCACAAAAUGCAUCAACAUCAAAUAAAAUACAAAUGAAAACCUUC